UCCCCCUCGGGCGGACUUGUGUCUGAGUCUUCGUGGUGAACGGAGUUGAGAGAAGAAGUUCCUCUGUCUCGUCUCAUCAUGUCCGGCGUCGCGUCCACCCUCGCCAAGCAGCGGGCCAUGGCCGCCGGGUUCGGCACCAACGCCAACGCGACGCGGUACCUGAACCAGGACUUCGCCGCGCUGCGCGCGCAGUGUCGCUCCGCCGGGAAACUCUUCUGCGACCCGAGCUUCCCCGCCGCGCCCUCGGCGCUGGGCUUCAACGAGCUGGGCCCCGCCUCCCACAAGACCCGCGGCGUGACCUGGAGGAGGCCCACGGAACUGGUCUCCAGCCCUGAGUUCAUCGUGGGCGGAGCCACCAGGACCGACAUCUGCCAGGGAGCUCUGGGUGACUGCUGGCUGUUGGCGGCCAUUGCCUCCCUGACCCUGAAUGAAUAUGUGAUGGCAAGGGUCGUUCCCUCCGACCAGGGCUUCGGUGACGACUACGCCGGCAUCUUCCACUUCCAGUUCUGGCAGUUCGGGGAGUGGGUGGACGUGGUGAUCGACGACCGUCUGCCCGUCAAAGACGGAGAGCUGAUGUUCGUCCACUCGGCCGAGGGGAGGGAGUUCUGGAGCGCUCUGCUGGAGAAAGCCUACGCCAAGGUGAGCGGCUGCUACGAGUCGUUGUCUGGUGGUUCGACCACCGAGGGCUUCGAGGAUUUCACGGGAGGCAUCGCUGAGAACUACGACCUCCAACGACCUCCGUCCAACAUGUUCCAGAUCAUCAAGAAGGCGUUGGAGGCCGGAGCGCUGCUGGGUUGCUCCAUUGACAUCACGAGCGCCGCAGACUCCGAGGCCGUCACUCGUCAGAAGCUGGUGAAAGGCCACGCCUACUCACUGACUGGUGCUGUGGAGGUGAACUACCGGGGUCGACAGGAGAAGCUUGUGAGGAUGAGGAACCCCUGGGGUCAGGUGGAGUGGACCGGAGCCUGGAGCGACGGAUCAUCAGAGUGGAGCUCUGUGCAGGGAGAAUGUCCACACGCCAACGCAGAGGACGGGGAGUUCUGGAUGUCCUUCAACGACUUCUUGCGUAACUACUCUCGUAUCGAGGUGUGCACCCUGACCCCCGACACCAUCGGUGACGACUCCGUCAAACACUGGAGCGUCAGCAAGUUCGACGGCACCUGGAGGAGAGGGUCCACGGCCGGAGGCUGCAGGAACCACCCCUACACUUUCUGGACGAAUCCACAGUUUGUGAUCAGGCUGGAGGAGGAGGAUGACGACCCGGAUGAUGGUGAAGUGGGCUGCAGCUUCCUGGUCGGUCUGAUCCAGAAGAACCGCAGGAGGCUGCGGAAGCAAGGCGAGGACAUGCACACCGUCGGGUUCGCCAUCUACGAGGUUCCGAAACAGUUCCACGGGCAGGGGCAGGUGCACCUGGAUAAGAACUUCUUCCUGAGCCACGCUCAGACGGCCAAGUCAGAAACCUUCAUCAACCUGCGCGAGGUCAGCUCUCGCUUCAAACUGCCGCCGGGCGAGUACCUGAUCGUCCCAUCCACCUUCGAGCCGCACCUCAACGGAGACUUCUGCAUCCGGGUGUUCUCCGAGAAGCAGACGGAGACUGUACCGUGUGACGAUCCAGUCGAAGCUGAACUCGAUGACGAGACGGUGUCUGACGAGGAGGUGGACGCAGGAUUCAGAGGCCUCUUUGCUAAACUCGCCGGAGAUGACAUGGAGAUCUCGGCCGUGGAGCUCAGGACCAUCAUGAACAAGAUUGUCGCCAAAAGAACUGACAUCAAGACUGACGGUUUCAGUAUGGAAACCUGCAGGAUCAUGGUCAACCUCAUGGACGACAGUGGGAACGGGAAGCUUGGCCUCGGGGAGUUCGCUACCUUGUGGAAGAAGGUCCAGAGAUACUUGUCCAUCUACAAGAACAAUGACUCGGACAACUCGGGGACGAUGAGCACACCAGAGAUGAGAGUUGCCUUCAAAGACGCAGGUCAGGUUUCAUUUCACAGACACAGACUCUCACCGUGCGUCUGUCACCACAGACACAGACACAGACUCCAGCCACCUCAGCCAUUCUCUCAUGGGGUUCUGUGCAGAAGCCUCCGGCAGACUUCUCCAGCCCUGAUCUCAUUGGUCGACUCAGACUCCACUUGGCGGAAUCAGUUUUUCAAAGUGAAAUUGUUCUAAUCACCUUUGUGGUCCUGAUCCAGAACAGGACUAACUAGAAAGAUUAGUUAGAAGGCUAAUGUUAGUGAAUGUUCCAUUUACUUGUAAAUUUAUAUAAUUACGUAAAUAUUUUGUGACAUAAAAUGUCUAACAGAUCAAGAGUCACACACUGCCAUCCCAUUAUGUCCUUCACCAGGUGUGUGUGUGUGUUAGAGACCGUGUGUUGUGGGAGGAGCCAAAGGCCCACAGUGUGUCUAUAAACACCAUUUCUCCGGUCUGAUACUGACUCGGCCCACAUUAGGGGGCGAUAACUUUAAUAUAAACUUCAUAACAGAGAGACUCUGUGACAUCAUCGACCUCAUGACGUCAUGAGAUGAUGAAUUUUGAUAAAAGUGAUAUUAAAACCAUUCACGUGUUUGAUCUGAGUCACGUGGUUCAGGUCACAGAUCAAACACAUGAGUGAGUUUCCUUCAGUUGCUUCCUCCAGAGAAACAGAUCAACAUCAGUGAGUCAUGGUGGUUUUCCUCCUACCGACUCUGACUCACUCCUCUGUCGUUAGAGGAAAACUCUUGAAUCAUCGUCUUUCAUCCAGAGCUGUGGUUCCCUCCCAGGAAUGUUUCCUCCCAGGAAUGUUUCCUCCCAGGCCUUGGGAGGAAUGUUUCCUCUCUAAACAUCUCUUCAGUUUUCACACAGGAAUCUGCUCACUAACUUCUUCUUCUUCUGUGUUUCUGUCUCACUGAACUAAACUGGUGAUGUCUGUGUGUUUCCUCUGCUGCUGC